UUGCCCCCAGCGGCGGCGGCUGCUACGGCAACGGAGGCGGGCCGGUGGUGUCUCGGGUGAGCGCGGCCCCAGGCGGUGCUGCCGUGGACCGACGGACGCAGACGGACAGACGGACAGGCGGAUUCGGGCAGACUGACGCGGGGGACGCCAACCCGGGCAGCACUAUGGCUGCCCCGAAGAAGAAACUUCAAGGUCUCGUGGCUGCAACGAUCACACCAAUGACUGAGAAUGGAGAAAUCAACUUUUCAGUAAUUGGUCGGUAUGUGGACUAUCUUGUGGAAGAACAGGGAGUGAAGAGCAUUUUUGUGAAUGGUACAACGGGAGAAGGCCUAUCCCUGAGCAUCUCAGAGCGUCGCCAGGUUGCAGAGGAGUGGGUGACCAAAGGGAGAAACAAGUUGGAUCAGGUGGUGAUUCAUGUGGGAGCACUAAGCUUGAAGGAGUCCCAAGAACUGGCCCGACAUGCAGCAGAAAUAGGAGCUGAUGGCAUUGCUGCCAUUGCACCUUUCUUUCUCAAGCCAUGGAACAAAGAUGUCCUAAUUAAUUUCCUAAAGGAGGUGGCUGCUGCGGCUCCUGCAUUGCCUUUUUAUUACUAUCACAUUCCUGCCUUGACAGGGGUAAAGAUUCGUGCUGAGGAAUUGUUGGCUGGGAUUCAGGAUAAGAUCCCCACCUUCCAAGGGCUGAAGUUCAGUGACACAGAUCUCUUAGACUUUGGGCAAUGUGUUGAUCAGAAUCGCCAGCGACAGUUUGCUUUCCUUUUUGGUGUAGAUGAGCAACUGUUGAGUGCUUUGGUGAUGGGAGCAACUGGAGCAGUGGGCAGUACCUAUAACUACCUGGGGAAAAAGACAAACCAGAUGUUAGAGGCUUUUGAACAAAAGGAUUUUUCUACAGCCCUGAAUUAUCAGUUUUGUAUCCAGAGAUUUAUCAACUUUGUGGUCAAACUAGGUUUUGGAGUGUCGCAGACCAAAGCCAUCAUGACUCUUGUCUCUGGGAUUCCAAUGGGCCCACCCCGACUUCCACUGCAGAAAGCUUCCAGGGAGUUUACUGAUAAUGCUGAAGCUAAACUGAAGAGCCUAGAUUUCCUUCCUUUCACGGGUUUAAAGGAUAGAAACUUGGAAGCCUGUAGCUAGUCUCUCUGUAUCAAAUCAUGGUAUAUACAUUGAGACAUAAUCUGCCUUGAAUAGUAUACAUACUCAUUUCUCAGGGAUUUUUUAGAUGAACUAAAUUCUCUCCUACUAAAUUAAACCCUGUGUCAUUCAAUCAACAAGUACUUAUCAAAUAGGAGCCCACAAUAAGUUUUGUGAAAGGGGCAAAAACUCCAAAAGCAGUUAUGAACCCUAAAUCAUUCAACAAUUCACAGAAUUUUUGAUGGAGAAAUUUCUACUUCCAUGGAUGAAAUGGAAUCAAGAGCAAAACUGUAAUUGAUUAAUUUUAUGUGCCUUUGAGAGUUCUCAUUAUCUUGAUUUCUACUUCUUAAUCCUUUUUUAAAGUUUUCUGAUUUUAAAGCAUUAUAAUGUACUUUCAUUUUAAUAAAUAUUCAGAAUCUAGGGAAACUGAGCUGUUGCAUUUAGAAAGGUGCAUUAACUUUCAUGCCAAGUUAUAUGACUGAAUUAUACAUAAUUACAUAUCAGGAAGUUUGGCUGCUCAGUCCAUCUCUAGAUCACCUGCCUUCACAUUGUGAUGUCACAGUUUUUCCCAAAAAUCAUUCCCUGAAAUCAUUGUGUUCCUCCAAACAUCCCCACUGGACUGGUAAUCAGAUCCCUGAAACAAAUAGAGGUUAAAAACCAGUUUUUAGUAUUUUGUUGAAUGAAAUAUUUCACAUACCGUUAUGUUAGCAUAGUUUUAACAUGAAAAACAAUUAGAAAAUUCAGAGACAACAAUAAGUUCAUGAUACUCCAAAUUUUUACUCAUGAUUGUAGUAGCCUACUGCUAUAUCAUAUUACUAGCCUACUGCUAUAUAAUAAUUAUUCAUUUCUAAGGAAUUAGACAUUAAAAGAAAAAUCUAAGAGCUAAACUCAGCUCUGAUCAUUUUUUAAAUCACCAUACUUCUCAUGUUUACAGGAUCUCAUUAACCAUCUUACAAGUCCUCUAAGCACUGACUUUACAAGAACAAAAAUAGAAAAAUAGAGUUCUGUGCUUAGUGAAUACCCAAGAAAUUUAUUUCUAUUGAAAAAUUAAUUUGGCUUUAGUGUCAUUAAGUAAGGGUAUCACAUCAAAGAUGAUGUGAUGUGAACCAAAGGCUGUAACAGAAAUCUCACUACUUUAAGAAAUUUAACAGCUAUAAAGAAAUUUUUUUUUAAUUAAUGAAACUAGAAUAUACACUCACAUAAACCACUGUGGUUUAGCUUCUAGUUCAGAUAGCUGAGUCCAGAAGAAAAAAACACAAGGAAACAGCACAUGACAUUCCUGGAUAAAAAGAGAGGUGAGGGAGAUAGAACUAUGGCAACCCUCAGUUAGCUGACCAAUUAAAGAGAGGAUUAGCAAAAAUAUUUGAUGUUUACUAAUAACUUCAAAUUCUUAUUUUGAAAAAGUUUUCAAUCUGAAGAGAGAAAAAAUAAAAAGCAAAACUGAUAAGAAUUUCAAAUACUUUUCCUCUGCCACGAGCAAAGCAAUUACUCAGAGAAGACACGAAAACAAAAAGCUUAAGAAAUUAAAAGACUGGAUGUUGGUGUUGUGUGCUGUUGCAGUUGAUUCUGACUCAUAGCAACCCUAUAAAAAAAAACCAAACCCGUUGCUAUCACGUCAAUUCCAACUCAUAGCAAACCUAUAGGACAGAGUAGAACUGCCCCAUAGGGUUUCCAAGGAGCAGCUGAUGGAUUAGAACUAACAGCCCUUUGGUUAGCAGCCGAGUUCUUAACCACUGCACCACAUAGGAACCCUAUAAACAAAAAAAACCAAACCCAUCGCCAUCAAGUCGAUACCAACUCAUAGUGACCCAUAGGACAGAGUACCUAACCUAACCUAGUGCCGUCGAGUCGAUUCCGACUCAUAGCGACCCUACAGGACAGAGUAGAACUGCCCCAUAGAGUUUCCAAGGAGCGCCUGGCGGAUUUGAACCACUGACCCUUUGGUUAGCAGCCAUAGCACUUAACCACUAUGCCACCAGGGUUUCCAGUACACAUAGGACAGAGUAGAACUGCCCAAUGCCGUUUCUAAGGAGUGUCUGGUGGAUUCGAACUGCUGACCUUUUGGUUAGCAACCAUAGCCCUUAACCAUGACCUUACACCUUCAAACCAAGAAACCAGAUUCCAUGAGGUUUUGGUUGUACAUAAGCAGCCUCAGCAAUUGCUCCUUUUGAUGCUGUUGUUGGAAACAUAUCUAUCACAUAGUUUUUGCCAAUUCAACUUUUUACAGGUGUAUAGCUUAUUGAUAGCAAUUACAUUAAUUGCCUGUGCAGCCCUAGUCUUAAUCAAUGUGAUUUUUCCGUCACAGUAAUACGGUACCUUGUUUAAUGCUUCUGUUCUACUUCCUAGUUCGUUGAGUAUGCCUGGGGUCUUAAAAGUUUACAAGUGGCUGCCAUCCAAGGUACAAUUGGUCUCUAUUUGCCUAGAGCAACAGAGGAAGAUGGAAGUUCAGGAAUAGGAGGAAGAAAUGGAAAGUGUGACCAAUUGUUUUCAUGAACAACUGCCUCCUUUGCCAUGAGACCAGAAGAACUAGAUGGUGCCCAGCUACCAUUACUGAAUGUUUUGUUCAAAGAUUCUAUAGAAAAAUCCUGAUCAAAAGGGAGGAAAUGCAGAACAGAAUUUAAAAUUUUCAUGGAAUCUAGUCUUUCUGGAGCCAUAAAGGCUGGAUGAACCCUGAAACUGUUACCCUGAGAUAAUCUUUAAACCUUAAACCAAAAAUAACCACUGAAGUCUUAAAACCAAACAAUAGUUUAGCUUAACUAGUGAAGGAUGUCUGCCUUGACCAUUCUGUUCUUUUAAGACCUCUAUGGGAUUAAAUUGACAACAACUGCUCAAAAGAUUAGAUAGGAAAUUUAGGGAGUAGUAAUUUUAGGUUAAUGGGGGAGGAACCACUCAGAAAAGGAGGGUAAGAAUGGUUGUGCAACUCAAAGAAUGUAAUCAAUGUCACUGAAUUGUACAUGUAGAAACUGUUGAAUUGGUAUAUGCUUUGCUGUGUAUAUUCUCAACAAAAAAAACAUUAAAAAAACAAAGGACUUGCCCUAAAAAUUUAUGUGUUUUAAUGGAAUAUUUAAAAAUAUGAGGCUAUAUUGAUUCUUCAACCAACUCAACAUCAUCAGAGCUACAUCUUCAUCCUUGGGGAGAAAGCAGAGGCUUGCCCAUGUAUCCUUGAACAAGCUUUCCCACCUUUUAAAGUAUUUUUGAUUAAAUAUUUAACAUGUAUAAAAGAAUAUCACAUGUGUAAGGUGUAAAGACUAAUAUUUAUCACAUAUGUGAAAGUGCCUGGUGGCACAGUGGUUAAGAGUUACAGCUGCUAACUAAAAGGUUGGUAGUACAAAUCCACCAGCAGCUCCUUGGAAACCCUAUGGGACAGUUCUCCUCUGCCCUGUAGGGUCCCUGAGAGUCAGAAUCAACUCGAUGGCAAUGGGUUUGGUUUUUUUGGUAUAUGUGAGGGUGUAAAAUAUUCAUUUGUUAUAAUUACUUUAUAAGGAGCCCUUGUAGCACAAUGGUUGAGCUCUUGGCUGCUAACCAAAAAGUUGGUGGUUCAAACCUACCUGUGGCUCAGUGAGAGAAACUCAAUGGGGCAGUUCUCCUGAAACCUGUAGGGUGGCUAUGAGCUGGAGUCAACUCAAUGGCACACAACAAGAAGAAUUACUUUAUGGUGUAGUACUGAUAUUUCAUCAAAUCUAAGAUGCUAUUGAUUGUAAAACACCGUUAUUUUACAUACCUCUAAGAAAGGAAAAAACACUGACAAAGCGUAACAUGCCAUCUAAUUCCAGAGAUACAAAAAUGUUUUUGAGGUUUUAGAAGUGAUAACGAUAUAGCAUCUUUCCAUUUUUAAAAUGAGGUAACCAUGACAAAGAGAGGUUAAAUAUCUUGAGUGGAGUUACAUAUGGUCUGUGGCAGAGCCAGAAUUUGGAGCUUAACUGAGUGACACCAGACUAUUUUACAUCAAGAAUCUCAAAACCUUAUGUCCACUUACUAUGUGUCUUUAACAAUACCUCUUAGCCAAUGUUAUCCUUAAGAUAUAAACUCAGGGACCUCCUGAUACAAAGAAUCAGCUUCAGUAUGGUACAAAGUGGCAAACAGUAUAAAAUGGUUGUAUGGGAGGUAGAAUUGCUUCAUGGUUGUAAGUAUGGCCUUAGAUCCAGGCUGAGGGAAUGUAAGGCCCAGCGCCACCACUUAUCAGCUGUGUCUAAAUUAUACUUCAAUAAAAAAAAACUAGAUGGUCCAGGAUUAACGAAAUGAAUUAUUGAGUGAGUUCCUUCAGCUUGGCCUGUGUAUAGUUGAAAGCUCUAUGUGCAGAACAGUCCCCAUGUCACCACCAACACUUGACGUUGUUCACUUUUCUAAUUUUAGUUUUUAAUGGGCAGGUUGUGAUAUUGUUUUAGUUGCAUUUUUAUUGUUACUGAUGUUUUUGACCACCUUGAGUACACUUGGUAACCUUUUGGUUUUCCUCUUCUGAAAAUUGCUUGUUCAUGCCUCCUGAGGUUUAGUCAGCAUCAGGUCCUCAAGCAGUUCCUCUUGGUUUGAUCAGCCUCCACUCACUGGCCUCAGGCCUCUUUGGAACCAGGACCAAACACUGAAUUGUUAGUGCAAGGGAUAAACUACGCCUUGCAUCUACCAAACUUAGGAAUGAAGUCAAUGUUUCUAAACUUAUUUCUAGCCAGAAAGGUAAAUGUGAAAUGUUAAGUGGUCCAGUUGAAACAGACCUCUCAUUAUUUGACCUGUGGCCUCAGUUCCAAACUCUUAGGUAGCAAGAACAUUACUUAUUUUCUUAUAAGCUAAAAAAAAAAAAAAAUUCCUACCCUGCUUUGCUAAUCUCUGCAGUCUCCUAGAUAGAACAUCUAGUGUAAAUCCAGCCACUCUCUGGACUUCUGGGCCAGUUGAGUGCUUUCAGGUUUCAUCUGCAAAUGAAGAUCUUAGAAGGUGCCAGUUGCCAGGGCAACCUACAAUGGUAAUGCCAGUUAUGGGAUCCAGUCCCUGGGGAGCUCUGGGUCUCAGGUGCAAAGCCUAAACUAAGAACCAAGUCAAUAACAAAAUUCUCCUUAAUCCCUGAAAGUUAAAGAUCCACUUCUGAAAAUUUUAUUUGCACUUAAUGAAAUAUGUUGGCACUUUUGCUGUGUUCAUUAUCUACUACAAAACACUUGCAAUCCAUCUAUGCUUGUUGAUUCCUUAUUAAGAGCAUAAAUAAGUAUCAAUAACACCUGCAGCUUAAGCACGCUGAAGGAUACAAAAGAAAGAAAAGAUUAAGGUCUUUCAAUGAUUUGAUUCUCAAUUCACAUAAGGAAAAUAAAAGGAUGAAUAAAUGCUAAACUGUAUUGUUCUGAUUGUAAGUGCAAGAGAGUUUUAAAGAAGGAAUUGAUCACUAUAAACUAGAAGGGUUAAGAGAAAAAAUGUCAUGAAAGAGGUGAAAAAUAAGGAUGGAUAGGUAUGAUGCUCUCAUAUUAUUGAUUGGUCUGUAGUCUCCAGAACAACCCCAGCAAAAAAAAAAAAAAAUACUUUGUAUUGUUGCCUUCAUGAGUGGUGUAAUGGUUAAGAGUCUUGGCUGUUAGCCAAAAGGUUGGCAAUUUGAAUCCACAGCUGCUCUUUGGAAACUUUAUGGGGCAGUUCUACCCUGUCCUAUAGGGUCUCUAUGAAUG